AUGGGACACAGCCCCCUGGACCCUACUUCAAUUAGUGACCUGCCAGGUUUUGAGGUUUGAUUUAGCGAUAUCGUCAUGACGUCAUCAUAGUGUGUAAACCCUGGAUCGACAUCGCCAUCGAGCUCACUUCGCCGAGGUGGAAGAAGAACUUUUAAGAACGCUGAUGCCUGUCCAUAUUGAGUUUAAUUAUGCUAUUGUGAUAUUCAAUGAAGGAAUUGCGACGACGUGAUGGCUUCCAUAGGGAAUCAUGAUCAAGAUAAGGGAAAUGGUGGUGACGUCGAGCAAGUGGUGCUCGAUGCAGCACAAGUGUACCUUCUCAUGAAGGAAGAGUAUCGCAUCUCAAGGAAUAUCAGAGCAUCAUGGUUUCUCAAGAACAUCAACAAUAUCAUUUCAGUCAAGGAAGAACAGGAAUUGCGAUGUUCCCAAGAGGAACUAGAAAUCCUGUCCAUCAUACCAAAAGAUCCGCCAUCGAGUCAGAAGACAACGGAAAAACAGACCCAGUACCGUCUCUUGCCGACGUGCCAUGUGACCUUCUUUGCCCGUCGCUACAGGCUGGUUGUUGUGCUAGAUCUCAGCCCUUCCAUGACUGCUGUGGAUAUUCAGUCAGGGAGCAUCCACAUUGCAGAGAUUCACACUGCGUUGACAAACUUUCUGAAGGGAAUCACAAAGCCUUUCUGUGUUCCAGGAAGUAGCAUCCUGCUUGCCCCCAGUUUGUAUGUGACAGUCAUUGCCUACACACCACUAGCUCACCUCACAACACAGCAGGUGCUGGUUCAGGGAUGCUUGCUGACCCCAGAGAAUUUGGAUGUUUUCUUGCAGAGCAUUCUUACACAACUUGAAGACUUUGAGAACAAGAUAUAUAACAGUACCAUGCGCUCUCAGAACCCAUCAGCCUCGGGUCUCGACGGCGUGGACGGCUGGUUGACCAACGGCCUGGAUAUUGUGGUCGGGGGUGACUGGAGGGACAGCCAGGGGGGCCCUACCAGCCCCACCACCAACAGCUACCAUCAGCCCCCUACCAAGGUAGAGAUGGCCAACCCUGAGGCAACGUUUGUCAACAUGCUGUGGUGUGGAGUACUUGCCCUGCAGCUGCUACCGGAGAAUACAAGUGCAGGCAUCGUAGUGAUCAGUGAUGGAGUUGGUGCAGUCCCAGAUGCCCUGACCCUAAGUAACCUCCUAGGGAACCUACGAACCAGCACCACGGCCUGCUCCUUCAUCCAGCUGGGCAAAGGGUUCUAUCCCCACGCAGGCUUCGGUUACGUCCCCCACACAGAGAUCAUGCAGUUCAUCGCCACGGCAACCUUUGGGGCCUUCCUCUCCAGAUGCCCCAGUUUGGAAUCUCAUGAAGACCAUCUGAUGAAUCAGUACCAUAGAGCUUUCCUGUCAUGGAGCUUCCAGAAAGGAUUGGAUGGCAUCAAGAUUGACCUUAUCAAAGGUCGUCAGCAUCAAGUCAUCUCAUCAGAAUCAGGAUGGCCUGAAAGCAUCUUGCCAUCAUUUGCAGUCAACAAGCAGGGAUUAUGCACCAUUCCUCUGAUCAGGAAGAAGCAUACUAACUACAGACUUCACACAGAGCUUGGCAAUGUGCUUUCUAUUCGUCUCAGGGAAGGGUACACCAUCAAGGAUGCCUGCAUAACCAAGAAUGGUUCCUGUAUUGAGGUGCGUCUAGCGCUGCCCUGGAAGUACAAUGCGAGGAUAGAGUAUAUAGCUACAGCUCCAUGGCCCCUUGAGUCCAGCAGACAUGUGACAGACAUAGAGAUCAUCAUGGAGGGUAGCUACGAGUUCCUCCAUGACAUCACGUGCCCCAUGAAGAAGGGACCUCAGAACCAUUACAGGACAAAGGUGGUCAAGAACUUCUGGCAAACAUUGCAGAGUUUGAGAGAGACUGACCUGCUGCUAGUACACCUGCAGUCCUUUGCAGCUAACCCCAUCUACUACACACUGCCUGAAGGUACGAAGGGAGGGAUGCCCCUCUUCUACAUGCCCCCCAACUCCACCUCGCCUGUCCUCGCUCAACAGUCGCAUCUUAAGCAUUCAGGAUUGGACCAGUUUGCUGAUUUCUGGAAACGUAUUGCUCUCAUGGACUCCAAGAGAUGGCAGAGAUGGCUCCACACCCACCGCAUUGCAUUGCUCCUGCUACCAGACUUGCCGCUACCGAAGCAUCUGCACCUACCCAACUCGAGCGGGCGCUACGCCACCAUCCAGUAUCGGGUUGCCCUCAAAGAGGUCAACAACCUUCUUAAGAAGAGGAGUACAUUCAUCAUGUUAGACAACCAUAGCUACAUCAAUCUCAACUUCACUGAGUCCGGAGGGCCACCUACGUCGUUCUACGUCAUCAGGGUUUCCCUCAAGACACCCAUCGUCCUCAGACUGGCUUUCCUGGGAGGAACACCGGGCCAUGAGAGGAACAAGGUUGUGAGAGGGUUAAAGAAUGACCUGCUAGCCUUGAGGAUGCCCAGGAAAAAGACUGCCCAGUAUGGCUAUGACAAGGAGCACGGCACCAAGGCCAUGGCUCCCCUCAAGGACACUGACUCAGACGGGCCUCCUGGACAUGGCGAUGAUUCCUGCGUCGUUCUGCUCUCUAGACCCAUCGAGAUGAUCCUCAUGAGAUAUGAGAAAAUGCCAUCGGACUUCACUGACCUGAAGACAUCCAUCGAGGUGACGUCCACGUCUGUGCCUGUCUACAUGAACAGCAAAGCUCCCUGUAGCAACCUGAACCGACUUGCAUGCUAUCUCCACCAUCGACGCUGGAUCUGGGAAGCUCAGAGUGACAGUGGGAUCCAGAUCGCUACCAAGGCUGUGGCCAACAUCCUGGACGUCCUUACCAAAUUGCGGUUGCAGCAGGGAUUCCAUGUGGCUUACUCAACCAGUGGAAUACUCAGCUUCAUCAUGGAGCUCAAGAUGAAGAAUCCUCUGGGCAGCAUCGUGGAGACAAUGGGGCCUUCCAAACCCUCGGACCAAGAAGGCACGGAUGAAGCCACUGAGAGCGACCAGGGCACGGAGCAGAAGUUAUCCUCCAAUGGUCAAGAGGUCUUCCCAUGUCUGCUCCAGUACAUCGUCUUCCCUCCGCACUCAGCCACAGCCAAGAGGGAUCGGACUACAUCAGUUGGAGACGAGGAGGAUGGUGACGAUCAGGACACAUCUGAAGCUGAUGGAAGACUGCAGCUUGUGACUGAGUGCUGGAUAGAGCCUCAGAGUGGUACCAUCAUCGAUCCUCCAAAGCAGUGUCAAUUCUUGGACGGCCUCACCUACCAAACCAUCCCAAGAGUGGUAUGA